AUGGAAGGCCAGACUAAAAAUCCAGAGACUCAGGAGCCCAUCCAAUCCUCCUCCGCACAGCAAGAAGAACAAGUUCCGCCUCCACAGGCCGUUGAACCAGAUGAACCUUCUUCACCCCAGCAAGAGGGCCCAGGUGCAGACCUGCAGCAGCCCGAGGAAGAAGCAUCUCCAUUGCAGCAGGAGGCCCCCGCUCAGAAUCCAUUUGCUACUGCAGAAGUAGUAGGUCAGGCAUCAGUGUAUCACAGUCUUAACACUCCAUCCUCACCUCAGAUUGUAGCUCUCCAAGCAAACUUCCCCAGCGUCACACUGAAACCUGCAGACACGGAGCUGACAGAAGCCUCAGGGGCAGGUGAGGAAGUUCAGUCUACUCCAAGCACGGAGCAGGCUCCAGCUCAGCCUCUGGGGCAUCCUGAGGGAGUGGGACUCCCCUCAGCCCAACAAGAGGCCCCAGAGCAGAUACCAGAAUUCCCUGGGAGGGUGGAAUCUUGGACUCAAGAGGGUCUAGCUCAGACCUCAGAUCUCCCUGAGGAGACUGGACCUUUCUCUACCCAAAAUGAUGCCACAGCUCAGCCCUCAGAGUAUGCUGAGGAAGUCAGCCCAUCUGUAGCCCAGCAGGGGGCCCCAGCUCAGCCUUCCGGCCUGCCUGUGAACACUGAAUAUUCCUCCAGCAAUCAGGAGCAGCCUGCUCAGCCUUCUGAGUCUCCAGAGAUCAAACCUUCUAGAAGCCAACUGGAAGCCCCGGAGAAGCCUUCGGCACUCCCUGUGGAAGUCAAAUCUCCAGUACAGCAAGAUCCCCGAGCUCAAGCGCUAGAAUCUCCUGAAGAGACUAUCAUAGCUCAGACUCCACAGAUUCAGAAGGGGACGGACUGGUCUCCAGAUCAGAAUCAAGUUCACCGUUAUAACCUGCCCAAUGUUACCAUCAAGCCUGCAGAUGUGGCGCUGACCAUAACUCCGGAGCCCACCAUGGAGCGGGACUCUUCUCCAGUGCAGCAGGAGGGCUCUGCUCAGACUCCGGGCCCUUCUGUGGAGACAGAACCCUAUAUUAGUGAUCAGGAGCAGCCCACUCAGUAUGUUGAGUCUUCUGUAGAGAACAAACCCUCUCCAGCCCAGCAGGAGACCCCAUAUCAAACUCUGGGCCCUUCCCUGGAGACAGAAGCUUCUCCAGCCCAGCAGGAACCCCCAGAGCCGACUCCGGUCCCUUCUGCAGAGACGGAACCUUCCCCAUUCCAGCAGGCACCCAGAGCUCACACUGCACGCCCUUCCGUGGAGGCAGAACCUUCUCCCCAUGAACAGGAGCAGAUAGCUCAGUAUGCGGAGGCUCUGGUGGAGACCCAGCCUCCUCCAGGCCCUCCCGUGGAGACAGAGCCUUCUCUCAGAGAACAGCAGCAGAUUGCUCAGUACGCGGAGGCCCUGGUGGAGACUCAAGCUCCUCCAGGCCAGCUGGAGGCCAUAGCUCUGACUCCAGUCCCUCCUAUGGAGACCGAACCUUAUAUCAGUGAGCAGGAGCAACCAAGGCGGCCCUCUGAGUCUUCUGAGGAGGUUGAAUCUUCUGGAAAGAAGACAGAAGUCCCAGCCCAGCCUCCAAGUCAUCACACAGUGACCAUUUUACCUCCCGGUCACCAUCAAGUUCAGCAGUACGACUUGCCCAAUGUGACUACUAAACCUCCAGACCUGCAGCUGACCCUAACACCAAAACCUGAAGCAGAAGUGGAAACAUUUCCAGUCAGCCACGAGGUCACAACAACGCAGGCCUCAGUCGCAGCUCUGCCUCCAACGCCUCUUGAAGAGGUCGAACCACUGCCAAUUCAAUCUCCAGAAGUUAUGCAGGAUGAGAAACCCUCUACGACCCAGCAGGAGGAAACAGCUGAAAUUUUACAGACCCCCGUGGAGGCUGGACCUUCUCCAAUCCAUCAGGAAGCCCAAGCCCACGCCUCAGUGUUCCCUACGGAGCCUGAGCCUUUGAAAGACCAGGAGGCAGACACAGCUCAGCAGCCAAAGCCCCUGGAAGAGGAUGAGCACUCCCCACUUCCAGGGGUCCCAGCUCAGCCUGAAGAACUGAAGGAACCUUCACCAAGCCAGCAGGGGAUUUCCGUUCCACCUCUAGAGCGCCCCGUGAGUGCUUACCAAUUACCACUCCAACAGGGAAACACAAACCAGCCUUCAGAUAUCUUCCCAGAGAUGAGUGAUGCUAUUCCAAUGAAUAUGACAUUUUCACCUCAUAUUCCAGAAGAAAUACUCAGAACUCAGCAUUUAAGGUUGUCUAAAACCAAACCAAAACAUGUGGAUAUUGACCUUACCAGAACCCUAAAGCCCACUCCAGAAGUUUAUCCUUACUGGAGUCAGCAGGAAGGACCUGCCCAACCUACAGUUCCCACCAAGCAAGUUGAAUUUUCUCCAACCCAGCUUGGGCCUCCUCUUGCCAAGCCUCCGGCACUGCCUGAAAAGAUGGAACUUUCUCGAGCUGAGCCUCUAGAGCCCCUCAAGGAGGCAAAACAAGAUCCAGUGCAAAAUAUAGCCCCAGCCGAGGCACAAGACUUCCCUAACACUCAAUCGUCUGCAACCCAGCAGGAGCUUCAAACUCAGCAACCAAACCUGACCAAAGUCACAGGUCAACCUUUGGAUGUGGAACUCACCAUAACUACACAACCUGGAAUGGAAGGCGGACUUUCUCCAAUCAUGCAGGAGGCCCCAGUUCAGCUUCCAGGGCCAUCUAAGGGGGGUAUAACUCAACCCCCAGGAUAUCAGGGGAUGACAGUUCCAACACCAGCUCAGGAUCAAGCUCAGUUUCCAAAAUCACCCCGCAUCACAUUUCAACCUUUUGAUCUGGCACUUACAAUAACUCCACAGCCCAUUACAGAGGCUGAACUUGCCACAGAUGUGCAGGAGACUCCACCUAAAGAAUCUGUAGCUCAGCCACCAGUGCAUCAUGAGGGUCAAAAUCAACCUCCACUAUCACCCAGUGUCACAAAUCAACCUUUAGACCUGGCACUUACCAUUACUACAGAACCUACUACAGAGGCUGAGCAUCCUACAGACCUGAGCAAGACUACAGCUCCAUCUCCAAACCUGACUCCAGUCACAACUCAACAUCUGGACCUGGGACUCACCAUAACUCCAGAAACCAGCAGUGUGGUGACUGAACCCUCUACAGACAUGCAGGAGACCUCCAGUCAACCUCCCACGGAGGGUGUAACCCAAUCUCCAAUACAUCAAGAGGUGACAGUUCCAACACUGGGUCAUAAUCAAGCUCAAUAUCCAACAUUGCCUCACAUCACAGUUCAGCCUUUGGACACAGUGCUUACCAUAAAUGCAAAGCGUACCAGGAAGGCUGAACAUUCUACAGCCCUGAAGAAGACUAAAGUACCUCCCGUGCUCCAUGAGGAGGUACUUUCACAACCAGACCAGGUUCAGGCUCAGCAUCCAACCCUGACAGAAGUCACAGUUCAACCUUUUGAUGUAGAACUUACCCUAACUCCAGAAUCCAUUGUGGAGGGUGAACCACUCCCAACCAUGCAGGAGACUUCAGGGCAGCCUCCAGGGCCACAUAAUGAAGUGGUCUAUCAGCCUCCAGUUUAUUAUGAGAUGGUAGUUCCAAAACCAAGUCAAGAUCAAACUCCGCAUCCAAUGUCACCCAGUGGCACAGCUGAACCUUCGAAGUUAGAGUCAACCAUAACUCAGGUACCCACUACACAGGAUGAACAUUCUACAGCCUUCAAGUCUAUAUCUCCUCCUCCUUAUCCAAUGUACCCUGAGGUGACAUUUUCACCUCCAGUCCAGAUUCAGACUCAGUAUACAAACCUGCCUCAAGUCACAGUCAAGCCUCUGGACCUGGAAAUUACCCAAACUCCACAACGUACUACAGAGGCUACACCUUCUACUACCAUGCAAAUGACCCUAAUUCAGUCUACAGAGCCACUAAAGGAGCUCGUAACUCAGUCCCCAGGGGACAAUGAGAUGACAGUUCCAACAGCAGGUCAGCAUCAAGCUCAGCACCCAACAUCACCCAGUGUCAUAGCUCAGCCUUCCAAGAUGGAGCUAACCAUAACUCUGGUACCCACUGCAAAAGCUGGCCAUUCUCCAUCCCUGAAGAAGACUACAGAUCUACAUCCAGGCCAGGUUCAGACUCAGCACUCAACCCUAACUGAAGUCACAGAUCAACCCCUGAAUGCGGCUGCCACCAUAAAUGUCUGUGAGCUCUGCACCUGCAAAGAUGAGACACUUUCAUGCACUGGCCUCAGCCCAGUGCAGAAGCUUCACAAAGUUCCUGUACCAGAGCCCAACAGCUACAACGGCACCUUCAGCAUAUUAAAUUUCCAAGGAAACUGGAUUUCUUUCAAUGAUGAAAAUGUAUGGAAAGCAUACCGCUGGGCUGAGACACUAAUCCUCAGUGAAAAUGACUUGACUGAAUUACAUAAGGACUCAUUUGAAGGCCUGCUAUCCCUCCAACACUUAGAUUUAUCCUGCAAUAAAAUAGAGUUUAUCGAAAGACGUGCAUUUGAGUCACUCCCUUUUUUGCAGUCUAUAAAUCUUGGUUGCAAUUUACUGACAGAACUGAGCUUUGGGACAUUUCAGGCGUGGCAUGGAAUGCAGUUUUUGCACAAUGUAAAUCUCAAUCGUAAUCCUCUGACAAAUGUUGAAGAUUCGUAUCUUUUUAAACUGCCAGCAUUAAAAUAUCUAGACUUGGGAACAACACAAGUACCACUUACCACAGUUGAGAACAUCCUCAUGAUGACUCUCCAAUUGGAAAACCUGAUCUUACCUAGCCAUAUGGCCUGCUGCCUCUGCCAAUUUAAACAUACUAUCGAGGUUGUCUGCAACACCGUCAAGCUUCACUGUGACAAUGAAUGCCUGCCAAAUACGACACAUUGCCAUGAAGAAGCAUCUAUAGGGAACCCAAAGGGGGCAUUCAUGAAGAUACUGCAAGCCCGGAAGAACAACACCAGCAAGCAGCUGACUAUUGAGCCAGAGAACCCAGUAUCAGAGAGAAACAGCGUGGACUUCCCAAGCCACAUGAGUGAACAGCGGGACUUCAACGAUGAAAGUGACGUUAUUAGUACUCUUCAUUACAUAUUGCCUUAUUUCUCAGAGGAAAAUCUACAAAAUGUAGAAUCAACAUUAUUACCAUUCAUUACACUACUUUUUUCAAAUAACAGCCUGGCAACCAUGCCAAGUGUGGGGUACAGGCUGCAGAGAGUGAAAAAAGUCAUCAAGGGGCCAAAGGGCUUACGGAAAAGGCACCUCCAGGAGAUGAGGAAGAGCCUCGGGAGGAGAUGGGGCACCUGGCCCUUUGCGGAGAGCAUUGGGGGAAGAAGGCUUGGGAGAGCAGGCUCCAGGGAGCUGAAGGAGCUUCAAGUGGCUCAGAGGCCCAGGCAGGUGGCCGGAAACUCCUUGCACACGGAGCCCUUGCUCACAAAGGAACGUGAGGCUGCAGCCCCCUCUUUCCUGAAGAAGCACAUCCUGGGCAGGCCUUCUACCUCCCCUGCAAAAUCUCUCUCUGAGAUCAACAACAAAGGAAAAGACUUAACCUACACCAUUUUUGUCUUAGAUGCCAAUGCUAGAGCCAAAAAUAAGGCGGCAGGGAAACCAAUCUCGCAUUCCAGACAAAAUUACCGCUUUCACAAAACUCGCUCUCACCUGGUCCUCCGAACCCCCAAGGCCAAACUGAGUCGGAAGUUCAGAAGGAAAAAUUCCCUCAACAGGCAGAUGGCUGGGAAGAGGCCUCCGUUCCCUGCACUGCGGAGUCUCAUAAACUCCCCCUCCGGAGAGGCUUUCUCAUCCCCUGGAGGCCUGCAUUCUCAGGGGAGUCCUCCUCUGAGAGAACCUUCUAUAGAAGACACUAGGGAGGAAAACCAUUCCGGAGGGCGUGUUUUUGAAGAAAACAUUUUGCCAGAAAACACCACUGCACAUGAAGAAACGCUCCCUGGCGACAAAAUGCACACAGAUCCUUCAGCUACAGAUUCUGCUGGGAUCGAGUUCGACCUAAUGCCGACUGUGGACCAAACCAAGGAAACACAGUGGGAAUACCCCAGCGAGGGCACUGAAGCCCCCACCAUGCCCGUAGGCUUCACCUACCCCGUGAUGCUGUCCCAGGGAGAACAGUUUGAAAUUCAGCUGAAUCAGCAGCUACAGUCCCUCAUCCCCAACACUGACGUGAGAAGGCUCAUUUCUCACGUCAUCCGCACUCUGAAAAUGGACUGCUCUGAGGCCCAGGUGCAACUGCCCUGUGCCAAGCUCAUCUCCAAAACAGGCAUCCUGAUGAAGCUCCUCAGUGAGCAGCAGGAAGAAAAGAUAGCCAAGGAAGAAUGGGACACAGAGCAGUGGAGGACCGAGACCUAUAUCAAUGAGAGUACAGAAGCCCCGAGUGGACAGAAAGAGCAGGAGUCGAGUAAGCUCGCAAAAGGAGCUCAAGAACACGGCUAUCACAACAAGCUCAUCGUGGCAAUAUCUGUGACGGCAGUGGUCAUGAUGCUGGUUAUCAUCUUCUGUCUCAUUGAGAUUUACUCUCAUAGAGGAAGAGGAAAAGGAAGAGAAGACAUAGAAAAAUCUUCAACGAGCUUUCAUGAAUCAGUGCCUAGAAAGUGUUCGGAAGAUGAGACUCAGGGCUUCUUCCGGCUGAGGUGGCCACUCUGGCUGAGGCGUCUGCUCAGCCCUUUCGGUGGCACACGCAAGAAAGCCAAGGACUUGCCCCCGGACAAGGAGCCUUCCGUAAAGGAAGAGCUUCCCGACAAGGACGCAGGGGAGCUCAGCGAGGCCCCCGCCGAGAAAAUGCCCCCUCCAGAGUCCUCGGCAGAAGGUGAAGAGAGUGAAGCCCCCGAGGAAAACACGGAGUGACCGUCCUGCCUCUGUCACCUGCAAGUCCUUUUUUCUGAAUAUUGG